CGCCUCUCGAUCCGAAACCUAGCCGCUUCGGCUUUUCAACUCAUCUUUUCCAUGGGCAAGGAGGGCAAGAGACUGAAGCGAUGCUCCACAUCCACCGAUGUUGAAGCAGCAGAUCAUAAGGGCACGAAGUCUUUGCAGAAAGCUGAAAGAGAGCUGCAGAAUUCUGAGCCGGAUGUAAAUCCGAAGAAACUCAAGAUGAAAUCUGAGAGCAAGCAAAUUGAUGAAGAUGAGUUGGAACUCAAGAAGACAUCUGAGAAGACGGAAAUGAAAAAAUUGAGGAAAUCUUUCGAAGAGAUGACUGAAACUAUGAAAAACCUGCAGGAUUUUUUCCUGGGAAAGGCUGAUCUACUGGGGCCUUCAUUGAAGGAGAUGUUUCUGUCCAAGGUCCCCUAUACUUCAUUCAAGGAGGAAGAACCCCUAGAGAAAACAGAGGAAUUGGCAACACAUGAGUGCAAUUUUGAAACUGAUGAUUCGGAUGGAAACAACGAAUAUACUGUUUUCGUUAGGGGACUGGAUACUUCCCUUCCUAGGGUUGAUAUCAAGAACGCAUUGUGGAAGCAUUUUGAGUCAUGUGGAUGUGAAGUCACAAGGGUUUAUGUUCCCAUAGAGUGUCAAACCGGUGUUCCCUUAGGAUUUGCUUUCAUUGAUGUGGAUGAUGAAGAAAAGGCCUUAGAUCUCGGUAGAGGUUACAUGGGAAGAUGCUGGCUUUAUGUUAUGAUGGCUAUACAUCAACCGGAAUACGAUAAGCUCCCUAACUUUAGCGGCUGUGAACAUUGCGGUACUUUUCUUUUGGAGCGCCGUAAGAAAAGAUUCCUCGCUAGGCCGCGGUGUUAGCCUUAUUGGUCCCUCUGCUACAUGUUUAUCCACCGGAUGAAACUUUUUAUUUGUUUAUUUUUAUGUGUUGUGAGAAACUUAUAUUAUGACUUGUACUAUUUAGUUGCAAAACUUAGGUUUGAAUUCUGCGGUUUAAUUUAUGUUUACAUUAAUGGAUAAUGAAUAUUAGGAAUUUGCUUUAGCUUUCCGAGCGCA